AUGUCAUUCUACGAGCCCCAAGGCUGGCAGGCCCCUGCACGGCAGCCUUCUUGGGAACAGCCACCACCGCCAUCCCGCUCAGGUGCGAGCUCGACCUCACAAAGAGAAGAUGGCAAUGCCUUCGCGAUUCAAUUUGAAGCAGAGGUCGAUCGAGCAAUUGACAACCUGAUAAAGAGUGGGAAGUUCUACCCGCCUGGUCCAAGGCGCGAAUCUAUGCCCAUGAUGGCAAUGGGUAGAGGAGGAGGCCACGCUGGAGAAUUCGGGCACCGGAUGCAUGGUGGCCGCCAUUCAGUGAGCGACUUCGACCCCUCGCGCGGUUCAGUUUCCAACAUGCAGAACUUUUACGCCAACCAGCGCUAUCAAGGCCGCCAUGGCGAGCCCGAUCAAAUGAUGCAGGCCAAACGACGCAUGGCCGCCCAACGGGAGCGGGAGUUACGCAACUACCAUCAAGAGCAGCAGUACAACCGAAGUGUCGUCGCAGAGAUGGCCUCGAACCAGUCCGACCGUUCCAUGAGCCCGAGCACCCUAAGCGAGGAGGGCCGUAGGGAUCUUAUCGCCCGCCAGCAUCGAGCCCUGUAUGGCGAAAGUUCCGGGAUGUUGAGCCCUUCCUUCGGAGAGGAGGGCCAGCGAGACCAAGCAGGCAACAUCACGGGGCCCAUCGGAGCCGGUCCCCGUGGUCCGUCCCCUCGCGCCCAGGACUCCUUUGGUGCACCGGGUCAGGGAGUCCCUGGUGAAGCAGGACAAGAUCAAUCUCGAGCCGAAAAGACAACUUCGCCGCCGAUCCAGCAACCUCCCGGGUUUGGCAGCUUCGAAGGCAACACCACCACUCCGCCCACUGGCGAGGAUGGUCCCCAUUCCCGACAGCUCUCCAAGUCGACGACUGCUCCUCUCACUGGGGGCAUGGCCCCCAUCGGAAGCCGUCCCAACCCUCAGAACCAACCAAUGAACAAGCGCACGACGUCUCCUCUCCCGUCAACACUUUCAUACGGCUUCAACGCUGGGGAUCAGGGCAACGAACGAUCCAACUCAUCCAACUCGAAUUCCAACGCUCCCAAAGAAGGCUCGAACAAUGCAGGUAUGGGUGCCUGGGGCACCGGCAGUGGAGUGUGGGGCUCCAACAAGAUUGGAGCCACCUCGGUAUGGGGAUAA